GAGUUGCAACUGGAGUCCAGAUCCAACAGCCCUCUCUCUCUCUCUCUGUCUUCCAUGUCACUACUCCCCCAUUUACGAUUCCGGGGAAUGUAAGCAGCAGGCUAAUUAGGGUUGGCGACAGAGUCUGACCGACACCGACAUCGACAUCGCGAUGUUUUGAUCGGUGGAGCCAAGUCAGAGACGCAGCAGUGCCUAGAUCCGUGGGCAGUUUGGAACAUUGCCAGUGGUGUGUGCGAAGAAUUCGUUGAUCGGCGUGAGAGACGGGGUUUGGAGAGGAAGGACGACGAAUUGGAUAGAAGAGCUUGGGAAUUGGGCUUCAGCGAGGGGAAGACAUGGUCGCGGAAACGAAGACCGCGAAAAUGCAGAUGGUGUGGAAGCAACCGAAGAAACGGACGCGUCCGCUGGUCUUGAACCCUCUUCAAUUUCAAGCUGCGGUUGAGAACGAUGCGCGUUCCGAGAGGGGCGGUGGAGCUUCCGGUGGAAGGGUAUCGGCAGAGUUUGGUGAAUUGAGUGUGAUGGAUGCUGUGGAGAAAGAGGAGCAUGCGAACAGUAAGUUGUCUGAGCAAUUGUUGGGUGAAGGAAAUGCCUUGGCAGAGGAAGGUAAAUUCGGAGAGGCCUUGGGGAAGUGGGAAACAGCCAUAUUUCUCACUCCGCAGAAAGCUCUGCUUCACGAGCAGAAGGCACAAGUUCUGCUGGAAAUUGGCAAAACUUGGAGCGCGGUUCAAGCUGCAACGAGCGCUACACAGUUGCAGCCCACUUGGAUCGACGCGUGGGUGACUCUUGCUCGAGCUCAGCUCAAUUAUGGAGAGCCUUAUCUUGCUGUCGAGAGUGCACGCACUGCCCUGAAGCUCGAUCCUUCUCACAAGGAUGCCAAUACCGAACUUGAAAGAGCACAGUUUCUUGCUGUCAGACAACGCCAGGCUGCAAGAGAGUCGGCUGCCUUGAAUGUGGAUGCAGAAGCCAUUUUACCUGACGGGCAAAAUAGAUUGCCUUCUUGUCGACGAGCAAAGGUCUACGACUCUCAAGAUAUAGGUUUUGGUGAAGAGCAUCAUCAGGUUGCACACAAAGAGGCCAAAAUUGAGAAAGAGGAUACAAAUGAAGAGAAACUAUUUGAUAAGUACGAUGAUGAUGAUUAUGAUUGGGUAGACGAAGUUCGGAAGCCACCGGAGCUCACUGAUGAGAAUUUGCUUUCUGAUUUUUCAGACAUUUAAGGGACAAUGGUUGAGGCAGGUAGGAGAAGUUAUGGUGUAUAUAAAUACAGCUGACGUGAGGUUUACUUUAGGCUUUUGCUGUAAAUAUGAUGUUCUUUGUUUGGAUGGGAAAAUUCAAUUGAAAUGCAAAGAACCUUUAUUAGCU